CCCCGGGGAGAGGUUGCACAGACCUUCCUGUGCAGCCUUGGGCUGCCUGCCUGCCUUGUCCGUGUACAAAACUAUCUCUCCCUCUGGCCACUGCCUCCUACCUGGGGCUGGCAUCCCUACUUAGUCCUGCAGCCUGGGAGGCUCUCCGCCACCAUCACUGUGCAGCGGGUAAGGGGCCAGGCAGGACACCAGGACCCGCCGUCCCAUCACCGGGCUCUGCUCCUUCCUCAUUCUGCUGUGCGCUUUUCCUCCUUCUGGCAGCUCAGCUCUGGCUUGUGUGCCUCUUGAGGUGCUGCAAACAGCACCGGCUGAGUUGGGGGAGCCUGGGCCAGCCUACCAGGCAGGUCUGAGACAGUGCUCCUGGCUCCUGGCCUCAUUCAGCCCUGUCUGUGGCAGGAAAACAAGUUUUGCCGCAGCAUUUUCCUGAAGAUGAUGCCCCAGCUUCAGUUCAGAGAUUCCUUUUGGUGCAGGGACUUCACUGCCCACACAGGCUACGAAGUGCUGCAGCAGCGGCUGCUGGAUGGCAGGAAGAUGUGCAAGGACGUGGAGGAGCUGCUGAGGCAGAGGGCCCAAGCAGAGGAGCGGUACGGGAAGGAGCUGGUGCAGAUCGCCCGGAAAGCAGGCGGCCAGACGGAGAUCAAUUCCCUGAGGGCCUCUUUUGACUCCCUGAAGAAGCAAAUGGAGGAUGUGGGCAGCUCACACAUCCAGCUGGCCCUGGCCCUGCGUGACGAGCUGCGCAGCCUGGAGGACUUCCGAGAGAGGCAGAAGGAGCAGAGGAAGAAGUAUGAAGCUGUCAUGGACCGUGUCCAGAAGAGCAAGCUGUCACUCUACAAGAAGGCCAUGGAGUCCAAGAAGGCGUAUGAGCAGAAGUGUCGGGACGCAGACGACGCUGAGCAGGCCUUCGAGCGCAUCAGCGCCAAUGGCCAACAGAAGCAGGUGGAGAAGAGCCAGAACAAAGCCAAGCAGUGCAAGGACUCGGCCACGGACGCAGAGCGGGUAUACAGGCAGCACAUCGAGCAGCUGGAGAAGGUGCGGGCUGAGUGGGAGCAGGAGCAUCGGACCACCUGUGAGGCCUUCCAGCUGCAAGAAUUCGACCGGCUGACCAUCCUCCGCAACGCCCUGUGGGUGCACUGCAACCAGCUCUCCAUGCAGUGUGUCAAGGAUGACGAGUUCUAUGAGGAGGUGCGGGUGACACUGGAAGGCUGCAGCAUUGAGGCCGACAUUGAGAGCUUCAUCCAGGCCAAGAGCACAGGCACUGAGCCCCCAGCUCCGGUGCUCUAUCAGAACUACUACGAUCGAGAGGUCACCCUAUCAUCCAGCAGCCCUGGUGUACAACCAUCCUGUGGCAUGAUAAAAAGGUUCUCUGGGCUGCUGCAUGGAAGUCCCAAGACUUCACUGCUGGCAGCUUCAGCAGCCCCCACAGAUACCCCGCUGCCCACCCCCAGCCGGAAUGAGGGUGUCUAUGCCGCAGUUGCAGUGCAGAAGGCGCCAGGAUCCCCAACGCUGCCAGCCCAGGGCUACAGGGCACUCUACGACUACAGGGCCCAGAACUCUGACGAGCUGGACAUCUCUGCGGGGGACAUCCUGGAGGUCAUCCUAGAAGGGGAGGAUGGCUGGUGGACAGUGGAACAGAAUGGGCAGCGUGGCUUUGUCCCUGGUUCCUACCUGGAGAAGCUCUGAGGAAGGGACAGCGGCCCCGACCUGAACUUGCCCUGCCCGUGGGGCCAGCAGUGCCUCCAUCACUGCAGGCUGGGUCCCCAAGGCCACAACAGACCCGACCCCAUAGGUGCUCCCUUCUCCCUGAGCAGUCUCUCCUACAGGGAAUAAAGGAGUGCAUUCUUUCUC